AAUGGUGUUGAUAAUAAUGAUGAUGGUGUUGUUAAACAUUGUGAAAUCAGAACUUCACUACGUUGGAGGGGACAAGACUAGUUGGGGACCCAAAGUCAACUUGACAGAAUGGUCAAGUCAUGAACACUUCCAUUUGGAUGAUUGGCUUUACUUUGGAUAUGAUAGGCACAUGUUCAAUGUACUAGAGGUGAACAAGACAAGUUAUGAGAACUGCAUAGACACAGGGUUUAUUAAGAACAUAUCAAGGGGUGCAGGAAGAGAUGUGUUUCAAUUGAAAGAGAUGAAGACCUACUACUUCUUAACUGGAGGAGGUUAUUGUUGGCAAGGGAUGAAGGUUGCUGUGGAUGUCACUGAUGGUGUUGAUGGACCAGCUUCAUCACCUUCACCUGGAAAUGCUGCUCCAGCACCUUCACCAACAAGUGAUGCUUCUGGGAUUCAGUUCAACCAAAUUCUUUUGCUGUUCAUCUUUGCCUUGAUGUGGGGUGUUUCUUCAAAUUACAUCAGCUAUUAGAGUUGGUAGACUG